UCAACAAUAUUCCAGCUUGAGUUGUAGAUUGUUUGAGAGAGAUGGAGGUUGGUAAUGCUAUGGAAGAAGAAAGGUCAAGAGAAGAACAUCAUGUAGAUCAAGAAAUAUUAGAAGAACAAAAAGAUGAUCACAUACUCAAAGGUAAGAACCUGCUAUCUCUCAAAAAGCCGGCUAAUAUUCGUGAUUCUUUCGAUUUAGAGGCAAGUAGAUUCACCACAAACCAAGGCUCGUCUCAGGUCGGAGAUUGGAAAACAGUGAUGAAGUUAGCAUUUCAGAGCAUUGGUGUUGUAUAUGGUGAUCUGGGCACUUCACCUUUGUAUGUGUUACCGGGUAUUUUCCCUACUGGGAUUAAGCACAAUGAUGAUAUACUUGGGGUGCUGUCUCUUAUCUUUUACUCGCUCAUGUUAAUCACUUUGAUCAAGUACGUUUUCAUUGUGCUAGCGGCCAACGAUAAUGGUGAUGGAGGAACUUUUGCUCUGUAUUCUCUCCUGUGCCGCCAUGCCAAGGCAAGCUUGACACCUAACCAGCAGGCUGAAGACAAAGAAGUGUCCAACUACCGACUAGAUUCGCCAAAUCGACGGCUCAAGAGGGCAUCCUUUGUAAAGUCCAUGCUUGAAAAUAGCCAAACAAUAAAGUUCUUCAUAUUGCUCAUGACCAUGCUUGGCACUUCCAUGGUUCUUGGAGAUGGAAUCCUUACACCAUGCAUCUCAGUGUUGUCAGCAGUGGGAGGAGUUAAGGAAGCUGCUACUGGUCUCACUGAUAAUAUGAUCAUGUGGUUUUCAGUGGGAAUCUUGAUUGUUUUGUUCCAAAUUCAAAGGUUUGGGACAGAUAAAAUCGGCUACAGUUUUGCUCCAAUACUCGCAAUUUGGUUCCUUUUCAUUGGAAGUAUUGGCUUGUACAACUUCUGUAAGUACGAUCCAGGUGUUAUCAAGGCAAUUAAUCCAAUGUAUAUCAUUCAAUACUUCAGUAGGAACAAGAAGGAUGCAUGGAUUUCUCUUGGAGGUGUCAUCCUAUGCCUAACAGGUUCUGAAGCCCUCUUUGCUGAUCUUGGUCACUUCAGUGUUCGCUCAAUCCAGAUAAGCUCAUGCACUCUAGUUUUUCCAUGUGUUGUUUUUGCUUACUUUGGCCAAGCUUCCUAUCUCCGCCAACACAGUCAGGACGCUAGCAAUGCCUUCUAUAGUUCAGUUCCAAAACCGGUAUACUGGCCAAUGUUUGUUAUCGCUGUAAUGGCAGCCAUCAUUGCUAGUCAGUCCUUGAUCUCAGCUUCCUUCUCCAUCAUCCAACAGUCAUUAGCGUUGGGUUGUUUCCCACGGGUUAAGGUAGUGCACACUUCCUCUAAAUACAAAGGACAAGUCUAUGUACCCGAGAUCAACACUAUUCUCAUGUUGGCUUGUGUGGGUGUCACCCUUGGAUUCAAAAACACAUUGAAGAUCGGUAACGCUUAUGGAAUUGCCGUGGCGUUCGUAUUUACGAUCACAUCUGCAUUUCUUGUCCUUGUGAUGGUAAUGAUAUGGAAGACAAGCAUGUACUUGAUAGUCAUCUAUGCCCUAUCUAUAUGGCUCUUGGAACUCCUAUUCUUGAGCUCAGUACUCUACAAAUUUAUCGAUGGAGGCUAUCUUCCUUUGUUAUUUGCCAUGGUUAUGAUGACAAUUAUGUAUUUAUGGAAUUAUGGCUACCGCAAGAAGUACAUUUACGAGCUUGAUAAUAAAGUCUCUCCAGUAAAGUUAGUUGAGAUAGCUUCUGAUGCUAGCAUCCACCGGAUCCCCGGUCUUGCACUGUUUUACACUGAGCUUGUCCAAGGCAUUUCUCCAAUCUUCACACAUUAUGUAGCCAAUGUCCCAGCUCUGCACUCAGUUCUUGUCUUUAUCUCAAUCAAAUCCCUGCCCAUUUGCACAGUGCCUCUGGAAGAUCGAUUUUUGUUCAAAAGAGUGGAGCCUCGUGAUCUGAGCAUUUUCCGAUGUAUUGUGCGGUAUGGAUACAAGGAUGCAAGAACGGAGUGGGAGUCUUUCAAGGAGAUGUUGGCAAUUCAGUUGAAGGAUUUCAUAAGAAAAGAUGUGUUCAUGUCUAGGCUGCCACACACUACAAAUAUGGAUUCAUACGAAUCAGAUGAUAACGAAGUUUCGAGGCUGAGAACUGAAGAGAUAGCUCAAAGGGAGGUAGAGAAAGUGGAUGAAGCUCUGAAUGUUGGGGAUAUUGUUCAUCUGAUGGGUGAAAAUGAGGUGGUUGCUUCAAAGGGUUCAAGCUUCUUGAAGAAAUUAGUUAUAAACUACGCCUAUAACUGGUUGCGAAGAAGUGUGAGGCAGGUUGAUGAAGUUUUUAUGAUUCCUCGCAAGCGACUUCUCAAAGUGGGGAUGACUUAUGAUGUCUAAUAAUAGAGUUUUGAUCAAUUCCGUGUGGUUUUCCUCUUUCUAUUUUGUUAAUUAGACUUCUCAUGUGAAGGAUAUUUUUACAGUUUUAGUUUGUUAAUUAAAAAGAAAUUCGA